AUGGCAGCAAUCAUCGUUGACUUCCAACAUUUCUUCUUCUUCAUCUUCUUCUUCUUCUUCUUCCUGUUGCUUUUCUCCCGCUCAAUCUUUGCAUUGAAAAAUCCAAAGAAAUCACCAAACUGCGUUCGUAAUUUGCCGCCGAGCCCUCGAGCUUUGCCGUUCAUCGGCCAUCUCCACCUCCUUGUAUCCGUUCCAUGGUUCAGGAGCCUCCGAAAUCUCUCUUCGAAAUACGGCCCUCUCCUCUAUCUCCGAACCUUUGACUUCGAAAUAGCUCUCGUCUCGUCGGCAUCCAUCGCUUACAAAGUCUUCAGGGAACAAGACUUGAACUUCUCCUCCCGUGAAGCCCUAGCUGUCGAAAACUCGUUGUUGUUCGGCUCGUACGGUGUGGCCGCUGCUCCUUACGGAGGCUACUGCAGGUUCAUGAGGAAGCUGAUGCUCUCGGAGUUGCUCGGGCGGCAAGCCCUCGAGAGAUCCCGAAGCCUUCGGGCCGAAGAGAUGGAGAGGUUCCGUUGUAACUUGUGGGAAAAGGCACGGCGGAACGAAGCUGUAGACCUGGGAAUGGAGACGACGAGGCUGGCGAACGAUAGCAUUUGCAAGAUGAUAAUGGGGAAGAAGUGCUCGGAAGAGGCGGAGCAAGUUAGAGACUCCAUUGCCAAGUCAUACGCCUUGACGAAGAAGGUUUACAUGGUGAGUUCGCUGCACAAAACGCUUAGGAAACUCGGGAUCUGGCUGUUUGGAAAGGAGAUUAAGGAAAUCUCCAGUAGAUACGAUGAAUUGUUCGAAAAGAUUCUGAGGGAACACGAAGAGAAUCCGGACAGAGGGCAAAAGGACAUGAUGGAUGUCUUGCUAGAAACUUGCCAAGACGAAACUGCUGAAUAUAAGAUCACGAGGAACCAUAUCAAGGCAUUUUUUGUGGAUCUUUUUCUCGGGGGCACGGAUACCUCAGCGCAAGCAACGCAAUGGACAAUGGCAGAGCUCAUCAAUCAUCCUAACAUUCUCAAAAGACUGAGAGAAGAAAUAGAUUCGGUUGUAGGGACAAAGAGAGGACUAGAGGAAACGGAUCUCUCGAAGCUCCCGUAUUUGCAAGCAGUGAUAAAAGAAGGGCUAAGACUACACCCACCAGCCCCUAUCUUGUCAAGGAAAUCCAAGGAGGACUGUAAGAUUGGAGAAUUUGUCGUGCCACGAGACGCGACGUUGAUUGUCAACGUCUAUGCAGUAAUGAGAGAUCCAGGUUCAUGGGAAGAUCCCGACGUGUUUAAACCCGAGAGGUUUCUAGUUUCGGAGGAAGAAGAAGACAAUGAUAAAGAAAAAGCUAUGAAGUAUAUUCCUUUCGGGGGCGGAAGAAGAGGUUGUCCCGGAGCAAACCUCGGUUACGUGUUCAUCGGAAUGGCUAUCGGGAUAAUGGUGCAGUGUUUUGACUGGAGAAUCAGUGGAGGAGAGAAGGUUAACACGGAAGAGGCCGGAGAUAUAAACCUUGCCAUGGCUCAUCCUCUCCGGUGCAUCCCCGUCGUUCGCUUUGAUUCAUUACCUCUUACCAAGUCGGUGCAUUAGAGAAUUCGUUCUGAAAUGGAGGAAUGGUUGAAAUCGUUCCUUUGUUGGAUGGACAAAAUAUGAUGUCUUUCUUUGUUAUUUGACUAUAUAUUAUAUCAUUCACUUGUCUAUGUGAAAUUGUGUAAAAUUUCGGAUUUUAAAAAAAAUCGA